AUGGCGGCAUUUGGAGCAGGAGUUUAUUUUUCCGCCGCUUUCCAAGUUGAUUUAGAGGCCAUAUAUUCCAAGGUAUUUUAAUUUCCCAAAUUUUAAAUGAGUGUUUUUCAAUUUAUAUGUAGAUUGCAAUAUCGAUCACUCCAUUAUUGUAGUUUUCCUUUGGGUACAAUUCUCAUGACACGAUAUGGAAAUGCUUGAAGUCAACACAGGCGGCCCAAACUCACGUUACGAGGGAAGGGUGUAAUGUAAUUUCCAUACCAUAGGUGACGCGCCGGUGUCGCGAUACAGGCGACCGUUGAAAAUAUAAGAGAAAUUUUUUUACUGAGAUCUGCGAACGAUAACGCUAAACCUUACUUUUUCUUAAAUGAAAUGAAUAAAAAAGACUUACCUGCAAUGUAUUCCACUGCGUUUUGGUGUCUGAUUGUCGUUUACUGUGUCUUUUGGCUUUAUUGCGUAACCACUGUUACUCCUUUCAUAGAACGAAGUGAAGGCUGGUCACUUCGAUCUGGCGGGGUCCUGGACUAGUCGCAACAAGAAUGCCGUUUUUUUCGCCAAAAUUCAAAUCCACUGCAAACUUUUCAGCUCCAGCCCAAGAGGGAAACCUCUUCUUCCUCUCUGGGAGAUCAGCUCAAAAAAAGAUCUAUAAUUUCCCCAUCAAAUUGAGCCAUUUGUUCCGGACUUCAACGCACGUCUGGCUUUCGUCCAGUGCCUGUGACCACUGUUGCGCUUACCAACUAAUUUGCAUUAUGACAACUAGCACUGACACGACGGUUGCCAGGGCGGAAAUGACACGUCAACUACGCUCUUGCACUGUGAAAAAGCAAGUGCUUGCACCCGUCAUGUAAGUGCUAAUUGUCAUAAUGCAAAUUAGUUGGUAAGGGCAACUGAUGAGGUUUCCCUCUUGGGCUGGAGCUGAAAAAUUUGCGGUGGAUUUGAAUUUCGGCAAAAAAAACGGCAUUCUUGUUGCGACUGGUCCACGACUCCGCCUUCACUUCAUUCUAUGAAAGGUCAGUAACAGUGGUUACGCAAUAAAGCCAAAAAAACAGUAAAUGACGAUCAGACACCAAAACGCAGUGGAAUACAUUGCAGGUAAGUCUUUUUUAUUCAUUUCAUUUAAGAAAAAGUAAGGUUUAGCUUUAUUUAGCAUUCGCAGAUCUCAGUAAUAUAUUUCUCAUACAAAGUCUCUUAUAUUUUCAACGGUCACCUGUAACGCGACACAGGCGCGUCACCUAUGGUAUGUAAAUUACAUUACACCCUUCCCUCGUAAUGUGAGUUUGGGCCACCUGUGAAGUCAACUGUAAUCAAAUUAAAUGAGUUUGUAAAUCCCUUGCACAAUUAACUUAACAUCUUUUCAUCUUUUUGGGUGAAUUGUCUAAGGGAAAGCCAACUUAACCAGAAAAAGUCUAAAAGAAGGUCCAUCCAUGCAAUAUUAUGUUCUUUUUUGUAGCCCCUCAUUUUCAAAAUAACUGAGAUAGUACACGCGAUCUGAUUGGUCAAAAACCCAGCGUUUAUUAUUUAUUAUGUCAGUAGUUUCAAACUGUCUGCCAGCUUAGACAAAACAAGAAAAUGUUAUCUUUGAGAUUAGGAUUGUCUCUGUACUUGAGUGAGCAAAGUGUUCAAUCAAAGUUUGAGUACAAUGAUGUUGUUUUGAGGUAAUCCAGGUGACAGUAAACCAACCACUGCUUAUCACUGGUUAAUAUCCACAUACAAAUUCUUUAGACUAAUCUUCAUACAUUUCUUAGUUUGAGAGAAUGUGAUAAAGGAUCAAAGCAUUUUUUGUUUGGUGAUCAUUAAUUCUCAUAACCAUAUCUUUUGACAUUGUGUGGAUAUUGUGAGGAGAAAAUUAAUCUUGGUCAUUACACAGGGGCACCCAAUGUCAAUUUUCAGAAAAUUAAGGAAAAAAUAAUGACGCCAGUUUUCAAAUUGCUCCGCAGCUUCUCAUGUCGGACCAUUUAAAGACAGGGGUACCAAAUAUUAAUUUUUGGAAAAUAUCUGUUCGGAAGACGAUUUGAGAUCUAGAAUUUUCGGAACAUUUGUUUUAAAAUGUCUUGCUUGCCUGCCUCUCCAAGGAUUUUCGAAAUCUAAAAAAUGGUAUAAUUGCCCAUUUUGAACAGAUUUUUACCCUAAAAAGGUCACCUAGAAUUUUUGGGAGCCUUUUUUCUGGCUGAAAUUUUCGAAAAGGUAAGUUUUGAUCCCUAUAAAUUUUCAGAUCACUAGACUUUCAGCUAGGAAAUCCGAACAGAUGAAAAAUUUUGGGGGGAUAAAAAUAUGCCCAUAUCUACCAUUUAAAUACUAAAAUACAUUUAAAGGGGCUGUGUCACGGCAGUCCAGUUCAUUUUGUUUUAUUUUUCCAAUUACUCGCCCUCGAUCGCUAUGGAACUGAAAGUAGGCAAAGAAAUCACAUGUAAAUGACAAAAUCAGAGAUUAGAGACAAACAAAUAUGUCUCCUGAGCAUUAUUUUUGAAGCUGCAAACAGCAGAGCUAAACUUUGAAAAACUGUUAGGCUGAACAGUUUUCAAAAACCCUAAUUUCAAUCCGUUUCAAUCUUCAUCAGUUUUGCCCAUCUGUGGCAGCUGUUGUAUCUGUUGCGUUAUUUUAACCUUCCUUUAAAGUUUUAAGCAGUUAUUUUUAUGUUUCUCCUUGAUUUAACGGGCAUUUUGUAAUGCCUAAUUUGGCUGAAUUUCAUGACACAGCUCCUUUAACAAUGCAAUGUUUAAGUGGUUUUGAACUAUAUUGUCAUUGGGUGCCCCUGAUUACUGGGUCUUAAAGGCUUGAUGGUGCCUGUAUAGCUCGAAGAAUUGUUUGUCCAUGGGUGUGAGAGUCUGCACACGUGAGAGUUUGGGCGGCAAAGGUGCCAUUCUUGUGGCAGAGCUAUAGGAAGCGAGUGCCAAAGUCAUUACUCUUCUGUCAAUGCAUGCAAUGACAAUCCCAUUAACUAAACAGGCUAACCUAUUAAACUAGUAAUGGUAUAUUUUGCAUUAAUAUUUUGUUGUGUUGGUGUGCAUUUGCUGCAGCUCUGGUUCAAUGUUUUGUUAAAUGUUUUCAAAUCUUAGUACACACAGUCUCAAGAUGAAGACACUGAUGCUAUUUACCUCAGUGAAAUUUGUGAUGAAGGUAUCGUAACUUAAUAUCCCAUACUGGUUUGCUAUGUAUUUACAAUCAUUUUAGUUGACAUCGUCACACAGAUUACAAGUACAGUCGACUCCUGAUAACUCGAACCUUUAAGGGAAAUUGAAAAAAGUUCAAGUUAUUGGGAACUCAAACCAAAUAGCCGAAAGUAAGCAAAAAAAAUUUUACUGUACAGUGAACAUAUUAAGCACAUGUUAAUUGUAGAAAUGUCAAGUGAAAAUGGAACGAUGCUUCUAGAUUAUAAAACAGAACAUAACUUAACAAAACAUAGCCAUAGACGUGUUACUGUUUCAUGUUAGUUUUUUAGCCAACAGCAUCAGCCUCCACAAACAAACUAUAUGCCUUGGGUGUACAACUCAUCAAUGGGAAAUUCAAAGUUUCAUAUUGCAGUAAAUAACAUUUUUCCCCAGACUUGUCAUGCAGUUAAAACAUGGUUCGAUAUCCAGGGUAAAAUUAUAUAGAAAUGACCUGAGAGGAAACAAAAUUACCUCAAGUUAGCAGGUGGUUUGAGUCAUUGAGGGCUCGAUUUACCGAGGGUAAAAUUACAGUAGAUGUAUGAAGGAAAUCCAGGGGAAAUUGGUUUUUGGUUUCAGUUAUGAACCCUCUAAGAAUGUUUGCAUUUAUGCACAGUCAGUUGUUUCAUAGCAUAUUCACAGCAGAGAAAUGUGAAUGUUGGCUUACUGCGAGAGGAAGGAGGAGUGUGCUCACCUUGGGCAUACAAGUCCUAUAAAAAUUGCAAUUCACGCUCUUUGAAGAUUUGUAUUUGAAAAAUUCUUGUCAUGGUAUUAGCCAUUUUCUUCUCAAGUUAGACUGUAGAGUAUGCGGUGAAGUUGCCCAAAAGUCAUCUCACCCGAAGUUAUAUCUCCCGAAACCAGAGAAAUAUUGCCCUGAGUUUUUAGUUAAGUCACCUGAAAUGCGACAUAACUCAGCAUUUCGGGUGAAUGACAUACUUCAGGCAAGAUGACUUUCAGGCGACUUGACCAUAAACCAACUGUAGAACCUUCUGUUGACAUGGUCGUUAAUGAUUUCUGCUCACGUCUCUUCAUUAUUUUGUUCAUAGAACGUGAUAAACUGCAUCAUAAAUCAAGUUAUAUAUGGAUAUAUAUCGAACCUCUUAAAGUUGAAUAGAAUAAAUUUUGGACAGCGAUCAACUAUGAGAGGAGCAGUGACUAUAAUGAUCAAUGGUAGUAAGAUUUCAAUUCAUCGUUUUAUUGCGACAACGCGUUUCGUGUGGUCAAAGAAUGGCCACACUCAUCAGGCAAUAUUCACGAAUGACCGUUGAAUUACAAGAACUGGCAAUAAAAGCUAACUUGGGGUUGCUAUGGUAUUUACAAACAGUUGCUAUAGUAAUUGUAACUACGGUAUAUAUAUCGAACCAUAUGCGUUGACUGAAGUAGCUUUUGUCAACGUGCACUAAUAAUCAAUAGGAAAUGUGUACAUGACCAGUCAAAAAAACCUGCUUUCCUUAAUUCUCGUUAUUAAAGUAUUGUUAUGAUUGCUAUUUUUUUUAGAAAGCAUUACAGACAGUGACAAUGAUGGAACAGAAGAUGACGUCAUUACUGAUGAAGAUGACGAUGGUUGGGAGUCUGGUACUAGUGGACCUAGUUACAUGGAGGACUUUCCAGAUGGGUGCUCUUCUGUGAGUGAAGAAGAAGAACCUGACUCAGCCCCCAUAACAAGCGACACGUACAUCCUGUCUGAACGCAGCCACUGCAUUGACGACCCGAAAGUCCAAGAUUUUGACAAUGACACCUUUCUUUUGGAAAAUGGUGAAUUGACAGAGAAAUUUCGAAAUAGAGCUGGUAGCAGCCCCAGCAAACUCGCCCAAGACUCAUUGGAAGACGCUAACGGCUAUCAGGACAAACACCAGAAUUCCGAUGAACGCGUCUGUGAUGCAACUUACAUCAUUGGCAGUUCUACACAGCAUAAACCUCUGAGAGAUAAAGAACCGUCCAAUGUUUAUAAGAAGCCUGUGUCUGUUGUGCAGCCUUUUAUUACUUCAAAUGCAAAAUCGGUAGACGUUGCGUCAUCUUUCGAGAAGACGUCUUCAUCUAGCGAAGAUUAUUUUAACAUCAAGGCCUUUAUUACGCGUCUGUCGAUGAAUAUAAGCCACGCUUCUUGUUCGGGCAAGACCUGUUCCCGUUCGAAGGCUCUUAAGCUUAAAAGAAACAACAUUGACUAUGGUGAAAUGAAUUCAUCACCCACGAAAAGAAGAAGUAUAAGCCUCUGUAAGGUGCCUGGAUCACUGAUUCGUGACGAACAAGGCUCAGAUAUAGAUGGGUGUCCGAUGGAUUCGCCGAUCAAGUCCCCCUGUACCAGAGAACGGGCUACCUUAUCCGGUCAUCGCAAUGCUCUUUUGCUUCAAAACCCUGUAUCACCUGAACAACCAUCAAGGUCUUCUGGUACUCUGCGUCGAAGAUCAUCACAGUUAUUAAUAGCAAGCGAUGAUGCAAUUUCACGUGAUUUAAAAUUUAUGGAGGAAAAGAAAAGAGAGUGCUUGACGCAGAAAUCAAGUCCUAAAAGGAAGAGCCAAGUCUGGCGGGGUACGUUUCUUAAGGAGAGAAAUAUUUCUCUUAACUAUUCACCGGCGACAAAACAAAGGUCGAGAGAUUCUACACUAGAAACGUCAUCUCCACAUGAUUCGUCAGAGACGUUGUUGAAUUGUAGACCGGAGACAGAAAUCACUCGCUCUUCGAUACACAAUAAUUUAAUUCCAAAGUGUAAUUUUAUUUCCAAUCAACAAAAUUCAGUCAUCUUUCAAGAAAGUAAUGGAGCGGUAAUGGAUAAAUUGAAAGAAUGCAAAAGGCAAGUGGAAGCUAAGCCAGGUGCUGCUUUCAAGAGCAAGCAAGGGCAUAAGCUUUUGUGUUCAAAGGAUGGAAACAUUUUUAGUUCAAGUUCCCAUGGGACGCCUGGUAAGGCAAAGCCUUUGACAAAGAAAAGCGAUUUUAGUCCAACCGAAAUGAGAAAUGGUAGGGGUCGUAAGGUUUUAUGCAAACGGGGCAUGGCUGUUAGAACUGAAAAGUCGGGCGAGAAAUCUUUGCCCUUGUUGGAGAAUUUCACUGAUGAUAGAGACAAGAGAAACAGUCUGAGUAAAGCUGUUCACAGUGGGAAACAUCACAAACGGGAGAUAAGCAGGGCUUUUGAUGAGUUCAUGUCUACUAAUGAUCGUUCUUUCGGGAUGCAGCCUUUCACUUCAGCUUGCAGGAAGGAUCUGGUAACAAAGGAAAAAGAACAGAGAACUUCAACAUUGUGCAGUUCUAGUUCCAGAGGGAGAGUGAAAAAUAGUAUUUCACUGCCAGGUGAUCUACAGUGUAUUAGUUCAUUCUCGGGUAGGUCUCCCGCGCGUAAGAGAACAGCAAGGGAGAGCGUUGCCUUGGAAACUCCGGACUUGUUGCCUAGGAAACAACCGAAAAGGGGCUCAUCUGUGUCAAUUUGUCUCCAACAAGGGCCGGCACCACAUUUUAGUUCACAGUCUCUACACUGGCAGGAAAAAGAAUCUACACCAAUAAAACGAAAGGAGUUAAAGAGGUUACGAGUUGAAGGAUUCUCAUCCAAAGACAUGAAACUUUUGUCGCCAAUCAGACGAGCUGUAGCGAGAUCUUGUGAUUCCAAGCUAGAAGGUCCUUCAUCUCCUUGCAAAGGGCUUGGAUCGUGUGACAAGUCAUUCUGUUUUGAGUGUUGUUGA